UUUAUCAAAUAAUGCGAUCGAGUCUUGUCUUUCUGUUUGGUGUUUUUUUUUCAUUUCUACAACUCGUCGAACUUUGGAAUUUUAUAGAACGAGGCAAAUCCCCUGUUGUCUUAAUACCUGGAGAUGGAGGUAGUCAAGUGGAAGCUAAACUUAAUAAAACAUUUGCUGUGCAUUAUCUUUGCGAAAAAGUUUCUAAAGAUUAUUUUAAUAUCUGGUUAAAUUUGGAAUUACUCGUACCAGUAAUCAUAGAUUGUUGGAUCGACAAUAUGAGAUUGAUAUAUGACAAUGAAACAAGAACUACGAGAAGUCCAGAUGGAGUGGAUAUUCGUAUACCGGGCUGGGGAGAUCCCUUUGUUGUCGAAUAUUUAGAUCCAAGUAAAGCUUCUCCUGGAUCAUAUUUUAAAGAUAUUGGGAAUAUGCUAGUUAAUGAUUUAGGAUAUAUUAGAAAUAUUUCUUUACGUGGAGCUCCGUAUGACUUUAGAAAAGGACCCAAUGAAAAUGAAGAAUAUUUUGUUAAAUUAAAAUCAUUAAUAGAAGAAACGUAUUAUAUGAAUAAGAAUUUACCAGUAACGUUAAUAGCUCAUAGUAUGGGUGCACCCAUGGCGCUAAUAUUUUUACAAAAACAAACUCAAGCAUGGAAAAAUAAAUAUAUCAAUUCUUUAAUCACUUUAGCAGGCGUAUGGGGAGGAUCGGUUAAAGCGAUCAAAGUAUUUGCUAUAGGUGACGAUUUGGGUGCAUAUUUACUCCGGGAAAAUGUACUCAAAGAUGAACAAAUUACAAGUCCAAGUUUAGGUUGGCUUUUACCUUCUAAAUUAUUUUGGAAAGAAAACGAAGUUUUGGUAGAAACGGAAAAUAAAAAUUAUACGCUCGCUAAUCUUCAAGAUUUUCUCAUAGAUAUAAAUGUUCCUAAUGGAUGGGAAUUUCGCAAGGAUAAUGAAAAGUAUCAAUUAAACUUUACUCCACCAGGCGUCGAAGUCCACUGUUUAUAUGGAAAACAAAUAGACACUUUGGAGAGAUUAUAUUAUAAGCCAGGUAUGUCGAUUGAUGGACAUCCUCAAUUUAUUUCUGGAGAUGGUGAUGGUACAGUUAAUUUACGAAGUUUGGAAGGUUGCCUUCAUUGGCAAAUGAAACAAAAAGAAAAGGUUUAUUAUCAAGCCUUUCCUGGAAUAAAUCAUAUGACUAUUCUUAAACACCCAGAUAUUUUGGAAUAUAUUAAGGUAGUUUUAGCGAUUUAACAAAGUGGAAAUAACAACUUUAUUAACAUUUAUGAAUUGAA